CCACGGUACAUGCCACGUCUGCACCUGCACAACUUUUUCACGGCCGGCGGCACACGGUGACAGCUGUCGCCCGCGGCUGAACGCGUCCUGGGAGCAUAAACACCGAGCCCAUCGAGGGUGAAUCCGCAAAAAAGACGCACACCACCGAAGAAGAAUCCCACUCCUCUCUCUCGCCCUCCGCCUCGCCGCUUUUGCUCUCGCCUCACGGAGGAAGAAGCGAGGAGGAGGAGAAGAAUCUUCGAAAGGAAAACCGAAGCAAUCGCCUCGCGUCGUCCGCAGCGCGCGGGCCCGAACCUUCGCGGGGGAUCCGCGUCCAGCUCCUGCCCGGCCUCCACUCCCCGCCGCAGCUUUCCUCGUCCUCCUGCGGCGGCGGGCGGUGUUGUGGUUGGUUGGUGGGAUCUUGGUAGGACCGGAGGAGGAGAGAGGAGGAGGGGUUGGUGGGGGCGGUGGGAGGCGAUAUGUCUACCGGGGAGGGGGAGACGGCCGGCGGCGGGGGGGAUGGGAUCGAGGUGAGGUUCCGGCUGUUCGACGGCAGCGACAUCGGGCCCAGCAGGCACGACCCGGCCACCGCCGUAACCGCGCUCAAGGAGUUCAUCCUCGCUCGGUGGCCGCAGGAUAAAGAAAUAAUUCCAAAAACAGUUAAUGAAAUAACAAUAAUCAAUUCUGGAAGAAUACUAGAGAAUAACAGAACUCUCGGAGACUCUCGAGUCCCAGCAGCAGAAGCUCCAGGAGGUGUGAUCACAAUGCAUGUUGUUGUGCGCCCUCAGCGAGCUGAUAAAAGUGAGAAGCGGCCGUCGAAAGCGCCCUCGCCCACUGGGCAGAACAGUAACAGAUGUGGAUGCACAAUACUUUGACGUCGAUGCAAGCUGCAACGUGUACAUUGGUGCCAAGUUCACAGCGAUUACGAUUUCAUUUUAACGAUCGUCGAUUCAUGGACUUAUUCUUCGAAACUUAGGGAGAAUGUGAUUAGCAGUUUUAGCGCUUGUGAUGGUGAAGUUUUCUUGUGGAGCGUUCACAGGGAGCCUCUCGGCCGUGAACCGUUGUAAUGAGUACAAAGUGUGCAGGAGGCAAUGCCGCAAUGGAGAGACCUAGAUGCUUGAGGUACCGCUGUGAUUUAGACGUGAUUAGGAUACGAGAAACGAGUUCUGCUACUGCUUUUGCUUCUACAUACUGGAGCGUAAAUGUCGAGAUGUUAUUUUCUCGGUUGCUGCUACA